AUGUCGCCUCAUAAUGCUAGCAGUCUCAAGCAGGGACUCAAUCCUUACAAUGUUCUUGUUCUGUGUUUCCUAGGACUAGGAUCACUUACGUAUGGCUAUACUGCGUCGAUAAUUGGUACUACUCUAGGUCAGCCUUCAUUUACCGCCUACUUCGAGCUCGACACCGUUUCCAACUCCACAGAUCUUAUCGCAACCACCAACGGCCUUUUCCAGGCCGGCGGAGUCAUCGGCACCCUCUGUCUUCCCUGGUUUGCCGACAAAUAUGGUCGGAAAUGGGCGUGUGCACUUUCCGCUUCGCUUGCUGUUAUUUCCGGUGCUUUCAUGGCAGGAUCGGUCCACAUAGGAAUGUUCAUUGCCUUUCGGUUUGUUGCUGGAGCAAGCGCGUUUAUGAUUCUGGCUGCUGUGCCGAUUUUGAUGAAUGAGCUUGUGCCUGGUAGGUUUCGAGGUGCGCUGGUUGAUUUGCAUGGGGUGUUGUUGGUUCUUGGUUAUGUGAUUCAGGGCUGGAUUGGGUUCGGCUUCUUCUUCUGGACCGACGGUGGGAACAAGUCAUGGCGUCCACCUCUUGCCAUCCAAUGUGUCUGGCCUCUCCUUCUUUUGAUCGCGCUUCCUUGGCUUCCAGAAUCACCUCGCUGGCUGUGCAUGAAAGGUCGAACCGCAGAGGCGCAUCAAAUUCUCAUUCGCUUGCACAGCAAUCGUAACGACCCUGGCCAUGAACUCGCCGAAGCAGAAUUCUACCAGGUCAAUAAGCAAAUCGCUAUCGAUCGCACUCUCGGCUCCAGCUGGAAGGACCUGUUCUCCAAACCAUCGUAUCGCAAACGUGCCUUCCUCGCGAUUGGCACUACAGGUAUCAUUCAGUGUUCGGGUGUGCUUGUGAUUAACAACUACGGUCCGACUCUGUAUCGAUCUCUGGGGUUUAGUCCUGUCAAACAACUUCUCUACCCUGCUGCCUGGCUUGUCUUCGCGCUCGGUAUGAAUGUUGCUGGAAUGUUCCUCGUCGACCGGUUCAAUCGGCCGAAAUAUAUGUCCUUCGGUGUUAUGGGAUGCAUGGCCACGCUCAUCAUCGAAGCUGCACUAGUCGCCAAUUUUGUCCCUAGCAACAACAAUGCAGCACUCCAGGCUGCAGUGGCUAUGUUCUUCAUCUAUCAGAUCUUCUAUGGCGCAUGUCUGGACGGUACCCAAUUCAGUUACCUGGGAGAACUAUUUCCGACACAUCUGAGGGCUAAGGGUGUAUGUCUUGGUGUCAGCAUGAUCAGUUUGAUGAAUAUCAUCUGGUUGCAGAGUGCCCCGGAAGCGUUUCUGGCGAUUGGCUGGAGGUUUUACCUCUGCUUCAUCAUCCCCGGAACUAUUGGUGCAUUAGUAAUGUGGUUCGUCUUUCCGGACACGAAAGGUCUGCCUCUUGAGGAAGUAGCGGCUCUUUUUGGUGAUGCAGAUGAGGUGGCGAUCUAUCAGAGAGAUAUUGAGGUUGAUCCAGAGCAUCAUAUUGUCGAUGUGAGGUCAAAGACUGCGGGUGAGAAGGUAGACAUUGCGCACGAUGAGGAAAGAGGAAUGUAG